CCAUUACAUCCAUCCAUCAUUGUCGCUCGACCCCUCCAUACAAAACCUCAUUCUAAUCAAAGCAAACUCAUUCCAAGCUCGCCUUCAUUUUCUCCCCAGAAAUAUAAUCUUUUCUUUUUCUAUAACUAUACCCUCUCUGUCUGUCUGUCUGCCUGCUCAAAAUCCAAGAAACUUUAGAUUCCCCCGCAAGUCGUGGAACGAACAAAUUGAAGAUGGGUUGUUUGUCGGAGAGGUUUUCUUCAUUCUUCAAUAACAGAUGGCUGGUUUUUGUGGCUGCAAUGUGGAUACAAUCUUGUGCUGGGAUUGGGUAUUUAUUCGGUAGCAUCUCCCCCACGAUCAAGACUUCUUUGAACUAUAAUCAAAGGCAGGUUGCCAGGCUUGGGGUGGCCAAAGAUUUAGGGGAUAGCGUUGGAUUUUUGGCUGCCAGUUUAUCUGAGAUUUUGCCCUUGUGGGGUGCUGUUCUUGUUGGUGCUAUUCAGAAUUUUGUUGGAUAUGGUUGGGUCUGGCUUGUUGUCACGGGUAAAGUUCCCGUUUUGCCGUUAUGGGCUAUGUGCAUUCUUAUCUUUGUGGGAACAAACGGUGAGACCUAUUUCAAUACAGCAGCUCUCGUCUCUUGCGUGCAAAAUUUCCCCAAAAGUCGUGGUCCCGUUGUGGGAAUACUUAAGGGCUUUGCGGGGUUGGGUGGAGCAAUUUUGACUCAGAUAUAUGCACUGAUGCAUUCUCCUGACCAUGCUUCUCUGAUAUUUAUGGUUGCUGUUGGCCCAACAAUGGUGGCUAUUGCUCUGAUGUUCAUCAUCAGGCCUGUGGGAGGUCACAAACAACUAAGGUCGUCCGAUGGGUUUAGUUUCUCUAUUAUUUAUAGCAUAUGCCUUCUUUUGGCUGCUUAUUUGAUGGCGGUCAUGCUUGUGGAAGAUUUAGUUGAUUUAAGCCCAACUGUUAUUACAAUCUUCACGCUGAUUCUAUUUGUUCUUCUGUUGAUUCCCAUCGCUAUCCCUGUCACCCUGAGUUUUUCUUGGGAGGCAAGAUCAUCGGUGGAAGAGGCACUUCUACCUGACCAACAGAAACAAGAGACUGACAAAUCUGAAGAAGCUCAAGAUAUCAUAUUUAGCGAAAUUGAAGAUGAAAAGCCAAAAGAAGUAGAUCUACUUCCUGCAUCCGAGAGGCAAAAGAGAAUUGCUCAACUUCAGGCAAAACUUGCCCAAGCUGCUGCAGAAGGAGCAGUUAGAAUCAAGAAAAGAAGGCCACACAGAGGGGAGGAUUUCACUUUGAUGGAGGCAUUGAUAAAGGCAGAUUUUUGGCUUAUCUUUUUCUCCCUUCUCUUAGGCUCUGGUUCCGGUUUGACUGUGAUUGAUAAUUUGGGACAGAUGAGCCAGUCUUUGGGCUAUGAUAAUACUCAUGUAUUCGUUUCCAUGAUCAGCAUUUGGAACUUUCUUGGCCGUAUUGGUGGUGGUUACUUCUCUGAGAAGAUCGUCAGCGAUUAUGCAUAUCCAAGGCCCGUAGCUAUGGCUGCUGCCCAAGUCAUAAUGGCGAUUGGGCAUUUCUUCUUUGCUAUGGGUUGGCCCGGGGCAAUGUAUGUUGGAACUCUUCUUGUCGGGCUUGGCUAUGGAGCACACUGGGCAAUAGUACCAGCUGCUGCCUCCGAGUUGUUUGGCUUGAAAAAGUUUGGGGCUUUAUACAAUUUUCUUACUCUAGCAAAUCCCGCUGGUUCUUUAGUAUUCUCUGGUCUCAUUGCCAGUAGCAUAUAUGACAGAGAAGCAGAGAAACAAGCUCAUGCGGGCAAUCUUGGGCGACGUAGUUUAUUAUCUUCUUUUUCAAGUUUCGUCCACGCAGAAGAACCUCUAAAGUGCAAUGGCGCCAUUUGCUUCUUCCUAACUUCGUUGAUCAUGUCGGGGCUCUGCAUAAUUGCUGUUGUUUUGAGUAUGAUUCUUGUUUAUAGAACAAAGACAGUUUACGCUCACCUUUACGGUAGAUCUCGGAGGUAACUUGAGAAAUGCUGAGGGGGAUGAGGUUUACGGUUGGUGAUUCCUGAGAAGCUAUUUGGAGUUGGUCUAAAUGGUAUAGAAUUAUUUGUGUGUUUGUCUUGUGUAUCUGGAGGUUUCAUAAUAUAGCUGAUAUACCAUAUUCUUUCAGGGAACCAUGUGGUGGUUGAGUGAGAUUAUUUAGUGUGUUUUCUGUCUGUAUUUUAUAUUCUUUGGACAUACUGUUUGGCAAAUUUUGAUCUCCAAAGACAGAUUGUGAGAUGAAAUUAGUGUUGGUUUGUAAUAAGUCUCAUGCCUAUCCCUAUGGUUAUGGC